GUUUAACUGUACUAACAGUGAGUGGGCCUCAUCAGACUCAGACCUCAGGCCCAGCACUGUUCCUUAUGUUCCAUGCUGUUCUUUCAGCGGACACUCCCCCAUUUUGUGUCACACACCCUCUGUCUGAAUAGGACUGGAGGACCGCUCUACUGCCACAGGCUGUAGAAACAGGACGACUCCACUGCCAAGGUGGAGAGCUUAUCUGUGAGAGGAAUCAAAGGAGGAACUCAGUAAUAGAAUAUCCUAUCCUCCCUCAUCAACAUGGGGGCCAUCAUCUCACGGUGGAGGGCUAAACCAUCCACUGUGGAGAUUUUGGAGGGAAUUGAUAAGGAUUUACAGACUCUCGAAGAAUACAGCGAGAAGUAUCAGAGGCAGCUGAAGAUAUGGGUCGGACGGCUGAUUCUGUACUCGUCUCUUCUCUACCUGAUCACAUGUGUAGUGGUGUAUUUCUGGUACCUGCCCGAACAGAUGAUGGGACGGCUCAUACUGUCUCUUCCCUUCCUACUAUUUCCAUUACUAGUUUGGUUACUUAGAAAGUUGCUUAUAAUUAUUUUUUCACGAAGAACUGAAAAAAAUAAUGAAAAGUUAGAGGAUCUUAAAAUACAAAAAAGGAAAAUACUUGAAGAAGUUAUGGAAACUGAGACGUAUAAAAAUGCGAAAAUGAUUCUGGAGAGAUUUGAUCCUGAUUCCAAGAGAAAAAUUGAGCUUGAAUCCACUCCUGUUGGACCUCAGAUGACUCCAAAACAAGGACAAGAGCUUCGCCAGCGCAAUGUCAUCCCGAAGACCCCCUCAGUGGUGGUGAAUCCUGCAAGCGGCGUUGCAGCGCGCCCUCCUACUGCCUCUGGGCCCACCUUUCCUGGACGAUCUUCCCACUCUGCUCCAGGUGGACCCCCAGAGAGGGCCCUGUCGGCUAUAGCUGCUCAGCAGAGCUUGAUGAGGAGGCCUGUGACCCCGGGAACACCUGUUCCAGGAAUCGGGAUGCACCCCCCAGGCCCGCCCCUGGCCAGACCUGUGGUCCCGAGGGAUCGAGGCGCCAUGGACAGAGUCAUUGAGUAUCUUGUUGGAGAUGGCCCUCAGAACAGAUACGCUCUCAUCUGUCAGCAGUGUCUGUCCCAUAACGGCAUGGCAUUAAAAGAGGAAUUUGAAUACGUUGCCUUCCGAUGUGCGUAUUGUUAUUUCCUGAACCCUGCGAGAAAGACCAGACCUCAGGCGCCCAGACUCCCCGAGGUCACCGGCGAACUGAAGAUGUCCUCCGAGGCACCCGUACCUCCUCCUGCUGCUGCUGACAUGGAUGACGACCCAUCUGUUUCAGGUGAUGCAAAGCUUGCGGAUGUCUCUGCUGAAAUGGACACCCAGGGGCCGGACACACCAACGAACACGGAGCCCGGCUCUGCGUCAGACGGCCAAAGCACCGAAAGCACCCCAGAGUCACAAGACGUGCCGUGUGAGAAAUCUGACGAAGAGCAAGAUGUGUCCCCCAUGGAAGUGGAAUAAAACGGUGGCGCAGUGAUUUCAAGUCAUGCUGGAACUUAUUUGUUCUUUGAAGGGAUGAGAUAACCGUUAACUUAUAAGUAAAGGCCGUGAGUUGAAAUGAUACAGUAAAAACGUCAGCAGUGAUUUUCAACUUACAGUACAGAAUGUCUUUUCUUUUGAGAAUUGCUUUUAUAUUUCUAGAAAUAGAAAAUAAUGAAAUAUGAGUUAAAUAUUUUGUAGCAACAUCAAACAUACCACCAGUAUGAUUACACAUCCAUCACAUUAUAAUCUAUUUUUGCUACAUAUAUCUAGUUUUCCCAUGUUUGUUUGUUCAUAUUUUUUUGUUUUUGACUUAAUUUCUUACAGUACUUGAGCACAUUUAAUUGGAAACAAAGCAAAUAUUCUGUGGGGAAAAUUUUAAUAUAUUAUGGGAAGUUAUUUAUAAAUAUUUUUCUAUAAUGCUGUGCCUUUCAUGACACUGUAGGAAGGGGAACUCUGCAGCACUGUGGUGCUAAAAACAUGUUUACAUAACCAUGCUACCAUAAUAGGAAUGCACACAUAAAGUAUUUAUUGCUAAAAUAGAGAAAGGAGAUUUAUCUCCGUACUGUGCACCUGCCCUAAGUGCCUUUUUGUAUUUUAAGUCUAUGCUUCAGAGUGGUGUCGAUGAAAUGUAUUUACAUAUAGACAAUAGACACAUUGAACUGUUUACAGGCUGUAUCUCUUUGCUGUUUGUCUGAAUUCUUGUAAUGUAUUAAUAAUAAUAAAUAAACUUUUGAGAA